AUGUUUGACAUUCGAUUGGAAUUAAUUUCCAGUCAUUGCUAUCAUUCAGGUCAACAAUAUUUCCUUCCCAUGGUACGAGAGAGUUCCGAACCACAGAAGAUUCAAGAUGACGAUAAUGAGCCAUUGAUUUUUCAUCAAAUAGGAACAAAUCAACCAACAGUGACCUUGUUCUGCAUGGACAUUCCAGAGUCGUGGACCUCAUGGUACUCGUACACAACCUUUCAUUUAAAUACUCCAAAAUAUAUUGAAAAAGAUUCAAAGGAUAAUCAAGUGUUGAGCGAGAAUGAAGCGAAUCAUCUGGUUCAAAUGCUUGAUACGUCUAUUGUGAAUUCAUUGAGCGAGUUAGGUCUUUGA